AGGCAGAGGUCGCGGACACAAAGGCCAACGCCGGCACUUCACUUCGCCCGAAGAGAUUGCCGCCCAAUCGAAAGACCCUAAUUGGCAGCGCCGGAGGGGCGACGGCGACGAAGACGGCGACGACGAAGAGGACAACGACGGCUCCGGCAGUGAUGAGGACAGUAGUGAGGAGGAGGACCAGCGCAAGGGUGUGUCGGCGCUGAUCGAGAUCGAAAAUCCCAAUCGCGUUCAUCGCAAGGCCAACAAAAAUCUCACACUCGAACGCUGGCGGAGCCGCUGGUGGCAGUUCCCGAAACGGUGCGCCCGGCGCUGACGGGGCGGCACCGGUGCCCGAGUUGUCCCGCCGGGAGCGGGAAGAGUUGGAGAAGCAGAAAGCGCGCGAGAACUACCAACGGCUGCACGCGCAGGGCAAAACGGACCAGGCCCGGGCCGAUCUGGCCAGACUGGCCAUCAUCAAACAGCAGCGCGAGGACGCGGCCAAGCGCCGGGACGCCGAGCAAAAGGCCAGAGAGUCAGAGUUGAAAGCGAAACAAUCGUUGACUAAUAAGGCGUUGGGCAAGAAAUGAUGAAGUUUUUUUGGGUGUGCGUGGACAUUCGCCGAAUUUUUUUCUCUCUCUUUCUGUAUUUUUCC